GUCAAGUCAAGGGUCAAGUCAAGCGUAUCUCAAGGCAAGCCGAGUCCGUUGAGUAUCAAAGAUCUGCCGACCAAGGCAGUAUAUACCCUGCCGACUAUUGAGUAUAAAAAGAGGGUAAGUAUCUUUUCACAAUACUUAAAACAUUUGAAGAAUUAUAAGGGCCUGGAAUGCACUAAGUGUCGAGACUCAAAAUACAGAGCCACUGGAAAACCCGAAUAAACGCUGCAUUCUUCCAUUUCAGUGCCGGCAGAUCAGAUGGAGUCGCUCUCGGAAGCAGUGGAGGCUGUGACCCAGCACGCCGGAGGGCGGCCGCUGCAGUGGAGGGAGUGGAAGCAGCAGCUGAUGCAGGGAGGUGACGCCCUCUCCGCGGACGAGAUCGCGCAGCUGGAGACGAUUCUGGCGGCGCGCGGAGACCCGCCGUCGAUGAAACUAUUCCUGGACGACUACGCGGACAAGCUGGCGCAGUACGAGGCGACUCGGGCGGCGCUGCGGCCGAACCAUCUGGCUCUGGACGCUGCUCCAGAAGUGGCGUCUGUGCGCGGCUGCGCCAUCCUCUCCGCGGAGGGUGACGGCCCGCUGGGGCCGCAGCAGUGCACCCAGUACCGGCUGACGGUGCGCCGGCCGGCCGGCUGCCGGCUGCUGCUGCAGCCCGCCGAGCCGCAGCGCUGUCUGCUGCUGCUGCUGUGGCGCAGCUCUGACGGCGCGCUGCUCGGCGUGGCCUCGGCGGCGGCCGGCGGCAGCGCGCGGCUGGACCGCCGACUGGAGCCCGGAGAGUACACGGUCACCGCGGCGCUGCUGCGCGAGCCUGACCGUGCGCCGGACUCGCCGCAGCGCCAGCUGUUCACCGUGGACCCCGGCGGCGAGGUGCGGCUCACUGAGGCGUACACGGCGCACCUCCGGGAGCUGUUUCGGCUGUGGGACUUUGACGCCAGCGGCGGCCUCAGUCGGGACGAGUUCAGUGCGUUCAACGAACUGACCGCCGGCGAGAAGGUGCAGGACGAGGAGUGGGCCAUCGUCGGCGCCAACUUCGAGACGCGCAACGGCGAGCUCACCGAGGCCGGCUUCGUGCGGCUGCACGAGCUGGAGGCGGAGGAUAACGCCUCGGAGCCGGGAGAGCUGUGGCUGUCGCUGACGGCGCUCGGGUUCGGGCCGGACCUGGCGCCGCGCCGAGUGGCCGGGUUCCAGCUGACAGCCCGCUGCGAUGCCGCUGACGCCGCCGAGCUGACGUGUCUGCUGCCGGAGCGGCCCGACCGGCCCUGGAGCGUGGAGAUCACCGUGGACGCCGUCCCCGACCAGUGA